AUGCCCACUGAAACAGAACCCCUGCUCCCACGGUACGAGGACGACACCUCCCGUCAGCGCCGCCUCCACCAGAAGCUACACAGCUACCAGAUGCUCCGCGCCCUCUCUGAAGGGUAUAUGCCAACAACCGAACAAACAAUCAGCAAUGUGCGCACCCUUCUGGCAUCCGACGUCCUGAAUCUCGCCAACAAGGAUAUUGGUAGCGUCGGUCGCCAGCUAGUGCGGGAUACUCGACUGUGGAUCCAGACCUUCAUCGAGUUCCUCGCCGCGAAGAACAACGACGAUCAACUCCAGGAAUUCCUGUGGCGCCUGGCCCGUUCGCGGGUCUCAGUGGAUAGUGGGAGGGUUUCGCAGCAGGCUGCCCUCGUGAAGGCGCGGGCUGAUACUAAAGCUGCUUAUGAUAGUUUCCGUACCGUUGGGAGCCUACUCUUGACUAAUGCCGAUUUCCGACUUUUUGUUGAUGAUGUUGUGACUGUUGGGCGGCAAAUCUUUGCUGAUACGGCCGAGUCACUUGCUGAAUCUUCAAAAGUUGCUGCAAAGCAGGUCAAGCCUUCCGAUGAGGAGGCAAAGGCGCUGAAUGGCGCAGGGGCUGAUUCUGGUCAUGAAUUGUCUGCGCAUGAGGUGAGGGAGGAAAUCGCACAUAUCGCAGAUGCUGUCGGGGAUGGUGCUGUGCAUACAGGCCAUGAUGCUGUGCAGAGUGCCAAGGAACAUCUCUCGGGCCGUGAGAGGGAUACUUUAUUAUUCCGAUUGAAGCAAGCCGUUACCAGGCUUCGCGAGAGAACUGACUACUCUGACUCGGUCUCGACAUUGGCUGAAUUGCUCAAGCGCUAUGCUAAAAUCUACGCCGACGCUGCAGAGGAAUCCACCUCUGUCACUCAAGAAGACUUUGAUGUUAAUACCGAUUUAAAGCGAGCUGUCGACGAAUUCUGGGUCCUCUUGCGCUCUUUUGGAGAUCCCAAGGAAUGGGACCAGCUUCAGCAGCAGUUCCAUGAUGUCCUCCGCCAUGCGAAUAAAGACCCGGAAUUCGAUGGUCUACUAGGAGAGGUCGGGACCUCAUUGCAGGACAUGCUUACCGACCCAGCCUUUUUUGAUUCCGCGCCAGAGAAGCUAGAUGAGCUCAAGCAGCAAUCCGAGAAAGUCGGCUUCGAGUCGAGUCUACGCAAGGAUAUGGACGAUUUCCUAGCACAAGCGAAACGAACAUUAAGCAGUGUACCCGAGGACCCCGUCGUAUACAAGUUAAUCAAUGCCACCAAGAAAGUAUACCAGCAUGCUUGGACUGCCUACAACGAUAAACAAACCGACCUCCCAGCCGACAUAGUGAAUGUCUUCCUCCCAGUCUUCCUUCGAUUAAUCCAAUACGUGCCAAUUCCACGACUUGAAAUAUCUGCCCCGGAAAUGGAUUUACUCCUUGAAAAUCUAAUUCUCGAACCAGGCCACACAGUGAACUUCUCCUCUUUCCUGCCUUAUCGCAUGCACAUUCUCACUCGAAACGACAUUGACAUCGUAAAGACCCACUCCAAGCGCACGGAGACGCUCAUGAAAACAGCCUUCACGGUAACAGUCCAAGGCCUAAACAUCAGUGCCCAAGAUUUUGGCUACUGGUUCCGCACACAUACAGGUCUCUUCCAUCUUAGAGACGAAGGCAUCGCCAGCUUCUAUCUUGACCGCCGUGGAAUUGACAUCUCGCUCGACGUUGAAGUGGGGCGCGGCCGUCUUGAUCAAAUCUUCUCACUACGCGGCGUGCAUGUGCACAUUCACAAGCUUGAUUACCAAGUCAAGCGUAGCAAAUGGAGGUUCUUGCUCUGGCUGACGAAACCAUUCCUGAAACAUCUUGUCCGUCGUGUUUUGGAGAAAAAGAUCGCAGAGGAGAUUGUUGCUGCAGCGUUUGCGUUGAAUCGGGAGCUAGUAUUUGCAAGAGAACGGCUGCGUGCUGCGCGUAUUGCUAAUCCGCAGGAUCUGGCUUCGUUCAUAAGAGCUGUCCUUGCACGCCUUAAACCUGCCGACUCAGAUGUCGAGGCUAGAAUUGGGCUUUCUCCAUUGAAGACUGGGCCUUUUGAGGGUGUUUAUGCUCCAGGAAGUAUUGUCAAAACCUGGAAUGAUGAGGCGAUUGGUGCGCAGGAGGCUAUUGAUGAUGGAGAUGAGACGCGUGGACUGGGCCAUACAUGGCGAAACGAUAUCUUUGAUGUCGCUGGAAGGCACUGA